GAGCAACCUCUCCUGGGUUACUAUGAAGCACCUGACUGCCUCAGAGGUCCGCUCUACCUUCAUCAACUUUUUCCGAGAGAAGAAGGAGCACACUUAUGUACAUUCGUCGUCUGUUAUUCCGCACGAUGACCCAACUCUUCUUUUCGCCAACGCGGGAAUGAACCAAUUCAAGCCGUUGUUCCUCGGAAUCGCCGAUCCAAACAGCGACCUUGCCAAGCUGAAAAGAGCCGUGAACACGCAGAAGUGCAUUCGCGCCGGUGGAAAGCAUAACGACUUGGACGAUGUCGGCAAAGAUGUCUACCAUCACACAUACUUCGAGAUGCUUGGAAAUUGGUCUUUCGGUGAUUAUUUCAAGAAAGAAAUCAUCACAUGGGCUUGGGAACUUCUCACAACAGUAUACGGAAUCCCAGCGGAACGUCUUUAUGUGUCGGUUUUUGGUGGCGACGAGGCAAACGGAGUCCCCGCCGACUCUGAAGCUCGUGAUAUCUGGAGAUCCGUCGGAGUGCCAGACGAGCGCAUUUUGAACUUCGGUAUGAAGGAUAACUUCUGGGAGAUGGGAGAUGUUGGACCAUGUGGACCAUGCUCUGAGAUUCACUAUGAUCGCAUUGGAAAUCGUGACGCAUCUCAUCUUGUCAACGCCGAUGAUCCAAUGGUUGUUGAAAUCUGGAAUCUUGUCUUCAUUCAAUUCAAUCGCGAGGAAGGAGGCGUCCUGAAACCAUUGCCAGCGAAGCACAUCGAUUGUGGUCUUGGACUCGAACGAUUGAUUGCUGUGAUGCAGGAUAAGACGAGCAACUACGAUACGGACAUUUUCCAACCAAUUUUCGAGGCGAUUCACAAAGGAAGUGGCGUUCGUGCCUAUACUGGCUUCAUUGGUGACGAAGACAAAGACGGAGUGGACAUGGCAUAUCGUGUAGUUGCUGAUCACGUCAGAACAUUGACCAUUGCUCUCUCUGAUGGUGGCCGUCCGGAUAAUUCUGGAAGAGGAUAUGUGCUCCGUCGAAUUCUUCGUCGUGGAGUUCGUUAUGCCAGCGAAAAGUUGAAUGCACAGCCUGGAUUCUUCGCAUCACUCGUUCCAGUGGUUAUUUCAAUUCUCGGAGAGACUUUCCCAGAACUCAGCCGUGAUCCAGUGACCGUCAUGGAUAUCAUCAACGACGAGGAGAAGCAAUUCCUGAAAACGUUGUCUCGUGGACGUGUUCUCUUCCAACGCGCUGUUCAAUCGCUUCCAGAAGGAACCAUGACGUUCCCUGGAGAUGUUUCAUGGAGACUCUACGAUACAUAUGGAUUCCCAGCUGACUUGACUCAACUGAUGGCCGAAGAGAAAGGAUUGUCUGUCGAUAAUACUGCUUUCGAGGAGGCUCGCAGGAAAGCCAUCGAGACAUCAUCAGCUGGAACUGGAAAGUUCCGUGACACGCUGGAUUUGGAUGUUCACGCAUUGGCUGAGCUUCAACAGAAGGGAGUUCCAACUACCGACGAUUCGCCAAAGUACGCUUACACGUUUACUGGAGAAGGAUCCGAUGCUGUGUACAAGUUUGAGCCAUGCGUUGGAAAGAUUCUUGCUAUUCGCCGAGACGGAAAGUUUGUCGAUCAACUUGCUGCCGGAGAAGAAGGAGCCAUUCUUCUCGAUCGGACAAAUUUCUACGCCGAGCAGGGAGGUCAGAUCUACGACGUCGGAGUUUUGACAAAAGUCAAUGACGAGUCGAACGAGUUCAACGUGAGCAACUGCCAAGUUCGUGGUGGAUACAUCGUGCUUGUUGGAUCCGCCGAAGGAAGCUUCUCAGUCGGUGAUCAGGUCAACGAACGAUUCGAUGAAGACCGGAAGCAACUGAUCAUGAAGAAUCACACCGGAACUCAUGUCCUCAACUAUGCUCUUCGCAAAGUUCUCGCCGAUUCGGAUCAGAAGGGAUCACUCGUUGCUCCAGAUCGUAUGAGAUUCGACUUCACCAACAAAGCUGGAAUGACUGUUCAGCAAGUGAAGAAAGCCGAGGAAUACGCUCAACAGCUGAUUGACACAAAAGGACAAGUUUACGCCAAGAACUCGCCACUUGGAGAAGCCAAAAAAGUCAAGGGACUUCGUGCGAUGUUUGAUGAAACAUACCCAGAUCCAGUUCGUGUUGUCGCUGUCGGAACUCCAGUUGAGCAACUUCUCCAGAAUCCUGAUGCAGAGGAGGGACAGAACACGACUGUCGAGUUCUGCGGAGGAACCCAUCUCCAGAACGUGUCUCACAUUGGCCGCAUUGUCAUCGCAUCGGAAGAAGCUAUUGCUAAAGGAAUCCGUCGUAUCGUUGCAUUGACAGGACCAGAAGCUGAAAGAGCCAUUGCCAGAGCCGAUCGACUGACUGCUCGAUUAGAAGAAGAAUCGAAGCAUGCCGAUAAGAAGGAUGAGCUCUUGGCCAACAAGGAUAAGUUCAAGGCUCUCCAGAAGAAGAUUCAAGAAAUUGUCGAUGAAGCCAACGGAGCUCAGCUGCCAUACUGGCGAAAGGAUUCUAUCCGUGAAAAGGCAAAGGCCAUUCAGAAGACUUUGGAUGGAUACACAAAGGCACAACAAGCCGCUGUCGCUGAAAAGGUUCUUGGAGAAGCCAAGGAACUUGCUGCUGUCGCUGAGCAGCCUACUGUUCUCGUUCACGUCUUCGCCGCCAAUGCUAACAGCAAAGCCAUCGAUAAUGCUCUGAAACUUCUCAAGGACACAAAAGCAGUUAUGGCUUUCUCUGUGAAUGAAGAUUCUGGAAAAGUUUUGUGUCUUGCUAAAGUUGAUAAGAGCUUGGUGAGCAACGGCCUGAAAGCCAACGAGUGGGUGAAUGAAGUUUGCACAGUUCUCGGUGGAAAAGGUGGUGGAAAGGACGCAAAUGCUCAGCUCACCGGAGAGAAUGUCGAUAAACUUGAUGCUGCCGUCGAACUCGCCCAGAAAUUUGCCCUUGCUGCAAUCAAUUAAUUUCCCCAAUUUUCAAUCUAUUUCCUGUUUUUCAUAUCGCUUCCUUUCCUCUAUUUAUUGUUGUCUGUUGCAUUCUAGUUCAUUGCUCUCCCUCCCCGUCAUUAUAUUUAUUUCGUAUUUCUAUUUUAUGUUUCAAUUUGUUUGCUGGUUUGUCGAGGUUUCAAAAUGUUUAUGCAGUAAAUAGAGGCCAAACUUUU